AGUCCGCGCGGCGUCUGAGCGCGAGGGUGUCGUUUGCGCGCCUUCUUUCUCAGCUGCCAUUUCGUAUAAAUUGUCCGUCAUGGUUCUGUCCUUUCAAAGGUAAUAAUAUCGCAAUUUGUUUAUUUCUAACGUACAGUCCUACGAAUUUCGACGAAUUCUAGUCAAUUGACGUUAUUAAGUCUUCUUAUGAGUUGCACUGGGAAACACUGAAUGUGGCGCGAAGCUGAGGAGGCAUGGCGUCCAUCCGCAAGAAACUGGUGAUCGUGGGCGACGGAGCGUGUGGGAAGACCUGCCUGCUCAUAGUCUUCAGCAAAGACCAGUUUCCAGAGGUCUACGUUCCUACUGUGUUCGAGAACUACGUCGCUGACAUCGAGGUGGAUGGCAAACAGGUGGAAUUGGCGCUCUGGGACACAGCUGGUCAGGAGGAUUAUGACAGGCUCCGCCCCCUGUCCUACCCGGACACUGAUGUCAUCCUCAUGUGCUUCUCCAUCGACAGCCCCGACAGCCUCGAGAACAUCCCAGAGAAGUGGACACCAGAAGUGAAGCAUUUCUGUCCCAAUGUUCCCAUCAUCCUCGUGGGCAACAAGAAGGACCUGCGCAAUGAUGAGCACACGCGCCGGGAGCUGGCCAAAAUGAAACAGGAGCCCGUGAAGCUGGAGGAGGGGCGGGACAUGGCAAACCGCAUCGGUGCUUUCGGCUACGUGGAGUGCUCGGCAAAAACCAAGGACGGAGUGCGGGACGUGUUUGAAAUGGCCACGAGGGCGGCGCUGCAGGCACGCAGAGGAAAGAAGAGCAGCAAAUGCCUGCUGCUGUGAACUGCUGCAGGACUGAGCUUUGCAGAGUGUCACUGUGUGUCUGGGCAGAAGACCGCACACACACACAUGCAAGGGCAUGCCUCACAGGGAUGCAAACCCCUAGACUGUGUGGUUUUUUUUUUUUUUU